UUCCUAAUCCAACAACCCCAUUUAGGCAACAUGAAGAAGACUACAUAAACCGUCUCACAUUCUCAGGCAUAACCCACCACAAGACAUCCCAUGGCUCGGCAGCUUCUGUUGAUGCACCCUCUACCGACCACAUUUCAACUCGGCCUAGCGGCGAUAACUCUUGUUGCAUGCGCCAUUGCAUUGCUCAUGUGUGCUUCUCAUUCCCGUAAAUGGCGUCACGGUAGUGGAUGGACUGCAUGCUAUGGUUCCGACAAUGGCGAUCCUGUAAUAGAGCUCAACACUGAAGCAACGAUCUUAACAACGAGUGGUGCCAGUGGUAUUCAACGUGGGAAUGGCGGCGAAUGCAUGUUUAGCGGCAACCUCUCAAUCUGGAAGAAGAACAUACUCAUGGGAGGGAAGUGCCAGCUACCGGAUUUUUCUGGUGUCAUAAUCUAUGACAAUGAUGGGAAUAUAGCCCCUGCCAAAACUCCUCGCCCUUUACUCACCUGGAAAUAA